AUGGUUGAGAUGGUAAAAGAAAUUAGUGAAUUUCAAACGAAGGACGGUAAAAUUGCUGAGGGGGUCACUUUCCAGAGAAUUCUGGAUGAUGUGCGGGACUCAGUUCAUUCCAGCGGAGUGGAGAGGCUGCAUCUCCUGACUCGGCAUGACCUUCAUAACAUUAAGAGAGACUUCGCCAUUGGUAAUGAUCAGCAGCAUAACAUUGAUGAAGUCAGUGUUAGUAUGUGGCUGGAGAAAAUAAAAGACUGUGUUCUCCUCUAUAAGAAAGAAGGCGAGGCCAGGGAAGAUUUUGAUAGGACUGACUCGGUGAUAGUGUUAAUGACUGACUACCAGAAGCAGUUAUUACAGAGAUUUGGACAAAAUAUUGUAUGUGUAGACUCCACACAUUGUACAAAUGUUUACAAACUGUUGGUGACCACAUUGUUAGUGGUAGACGAUUUUGGUUCAGGUAUGCCUGUAGCAUUCUGUGUUUCAAAUCGGGAGACUACUUCCAUAAUGACUCAUUUCUUUAGUGCUGCGAAAGAGAGAGCUGGCAUCAUAAAAACGUCUGUAUUCAUGUCCGACGACACUAAUACUUUCCAUAGUGCAUGGUCACGAGUCAUGGGACCUGCAGAAAAUAAUCUACUGUGUGCUUGGCACAUAGACCGCAACUGGCGGAAUAAUUUGAAGAAAGUCCAUGGCAAUGAAGAAAAGAAAGCACUUGUGUACAAAGCUCUUCGUACAUUGCUUGAAGAAGCGGAUAUAGACAAUUUUAAUGAGCUGCUGGAAUCGUUCGUCGGGCAGCUUCAAGCAGAUGAAGGUACAAGAGACUUUGGUGUAUAUUUCUCGUCAAAUUACUUAUUCCGGCCUCAGCAGUGGGCAUACUGUCACCGUCGCAAUCUGGGUAUAAAUACAAAUAUGCACCUUGAAGCAAUGCAUAGAGUUUCAAAAUAUUGUUAUCUAGAGGGAAAAACAAACAAUAGACUUGACAGACUACUUGUUGUGUUGAUGAAAUUGGUGUGUGACAAACUGUGUGCUCAAAUGGUUAAAUUGUAUAAGGGUGGCCAUUCAUAUAGAAUAAAUCUUGUUGAGGCUCGUCAUAAAGCUUCAGGUAGUAUUAAGGAGAAUGACAUUACAGUCAAUACUGAUGGUACAAAGUUUCAUGUGAAAUCCCAAACACAUUGUGGUGUAACACAUACUGUGAUUUUAAAUAACAUUGAAUGUAAAUUGGAGUGCAAGUUGAAGUGCUCCAAGUGUAAUAUAUGUAUACAUGCUUUCAGUUGUUCUUGUGCGGACAGUUUAAUUCAUUUGAACAUAUGCAAGCACAUUCAUGCAGUGUCAAUGACGUAUGCAUUACAUUCAAGUGCCACAUUUACACCAAGUGAAGCAACGGUGACAGAAGAGGCUUCUGCCAUUUUGUGUUCACUGCAAACAAAUACUGAUGAUCACAAGAACACAUCUCUGGCCCGAGAACUAGUGUCCACAUACCAAAUUUUGAUUAACCGUGUCGGUUCAGGUAAAGUGUCCACAGAAAUCCUGAAGUCACUGCAGAAGGAUGCAGCUCAUUCGCUGUCACUUUUUCAAUCAGACUGCAGGGAAGUUCCACGACGCCCCAGCAACAAGAAGGUAAAAGUGCAACGAAGACCUGGUAAAUGUAACAAACAGCCAAAGGGCAGUUUGAAGAAACCAACUCUUGCUGAAAAAGCAAAUAUUGUUUCGGCACUGAGGCAGCCUGAAAGUGAGAUAUUAAAUGUUCACAUAGAUUCUGACCAUAAUUACUGUCGGUACUAA